AAAAAAUUGUGCUGUUCUUGAAGCCAUUAGCCAUGGCCACCACCUACCUCGAGGGCGACAAAUAUCCAUCAGCCGCCUGUGUCAUCCCCUCAAUUUUGUCACUACAAGAACACUUCACAACAACUAAAGAAAAGGAACUGAUGUUGAAAAGCUUAUGUGAUCUUGGUCUUUUUGAAAUGAAAAAGAAAUUUGAACAUUUUAUGGAUGUAACUCAUCCUCAAUUUGAUCAGACGUACUUGAUGUGCUGUAUACUACACCCGAGUAAAACUUUAGAAGUAAAUGGCGAAUUAUUUGAGGAAGGAAAACGAAGAAUGUACGAUUUUCUAAAACAAGAAGUAAUCGAAGGACUUUGUUUGUUGACUAUUUCCAAUUCAGAGGAGGAAGAAGCUCAAGCUCCUAAUCCUAAUAAUCAACCUCAAUCAGCCAAAGAGCAUACGCAGCUCUUCAAACGAAGGAGACUUGUUGACACUCCAUGCCCAGCCAUGCGUUGCAAUACAAGUUUCGUAGAGUUAAAAAGGGAGAUUAAGGAUUACUUGGAUAUAUUGGACAAGGGAGGGUUCGAUCCGGAAAUUGACCCAUUUUUUUUCUGGAAAGAAAAGUCAGGGAGGUUUUCCAAUCUGUCUGGAAUAGGAUUGCAAUAUCUGGCCAUGCCAGCAACGUCUGCAUCCGCAGAGCGACUUUUUUCUUUCAGUGGGCUUUCUUGCAAAGGCAAAAAAACAAACGUGUCAUCAGUUUUACUAGAAUCUCAAACGCUUUGCAGAUUCAAUAAUAAAUUUGACAUGAACCCUUAA